AUGGAUUAUACACUUUCCCUUCAAGUACGACAGCAGCUAGCGGUGUUUCCGACUCAUUUCUGUCAGAGUUACAGCGUAGAGUUACAGAUGAAGUCAACAGAAGUGGACCAAGGGCUAUUCACAGACAGCUACUGCAGAGUGUGCAGUGCUCAGCUCAUCUCAGAGUCCCAGAGGGUCGCUCAUUAUGAGAGUCGAAAACAUGCCAAUAAAGUACGGCUGUAUUACAUGUUACAUCCUGUGGAUGGAGGCUGCCCUGCCAAGAAGCUCAGAACAGACAAUGGUAGCGAGGAAGGAGACGUCGACAAGAAUAAAUGUUGCACACUGUGUAACAUGUCUUUCACAUCAGCAGUGGUUGCACAGUCACACUACCAGGGUAAAAUCCAUGCCAAGAGGCUAAAAUUGCUACUUGGUGAUCAGCCGUCCAUCACGACCCAAGAGGCAUCUCCCAGUCCUAUAAAGAACUCUCCAGACACAUCUCCUAUGACCUCUCCUCGACACCGACGUGACUCAGAUCGCUACUGCCAACUAUGCAAUGCUUGGUUCAACAACCCUGGCAUGGCUCAACAACAUUACGAUGGUAAAAAGCACAAGAAGAAUGCUGGCCGAGCAGACCUGCUGGAGCAACUGGGCAAGACUCUGGACAUGGGGGAUAUGAACGGUCUGAAACGAAACUAUACCUGCGACGUGUGUAGCGUGACUUUGAACUCUGUGGCACAGUACCACGCGCAUCUGCAAGGCUCAAAGCACCAAAACAAUGUCAGCAAUAAAAUU